CUCCACGCCGGACUCCAUGGAGGCGCAAGCACAAGGCUUGUUGGAGACGGAGCCACUGCAAGGAAGAGAUGGGGAUGCAAUAGGCACUGCUGACUUCUCUAGCAUGCUCUCUGAGGAGGAGAAGGAAGCGCUAAAGGCAGAAUUAGUUCAGCUAGAAGACGAAAUCACAACAUUACGACAAGUUUUGUCAGCCAAAGAAAGACAUCUGGUUGAGAUCAAACAGAAACUCGGCAUGAACCUGAUGAACGAGUUGAAGCAGAACUUCAGCAGAAGCUGGCACGACAUGCAGACCACGACUGCGUGAGUAUCUCUGGGUACAAAAAAAACGCACGAAACCCUGAGCCACGCCGGGCAGAAGGCAACAGCAGCUUUCAGUAAUGUGGGAACUGCCAUCAGCAAGAAGUUUGGAGAUAUGAGGUCUCACUCUAUUGGGUCCUCCAUCCGCCAUUCCAUAAGCAUGCCUGCCAUGAGGAAUUCUCCUACUUUCAAAUCAUUUGAGGAGAGGGUUGAGACAACUGUUACAAGCCUCAAGACGAAAGUAGGCGGGACAACCCACAGUGGUGGCAGUUUUGAGGAGGUCCUGAACUCCACAGCACAUGCCAGCUCCCAAAAUGCUUCAGCAGGCCCCCGGCAGACCAAGGACGAGGAACUACAGUGCUAGGUCCAGCCUGGGCUGCUGCCGGUCAAUCUGCCUGCGCAUCCCCUGAUAUGAAGAUCAAAAUCCCACUGGGAAUCCCAAGUGUUGAUAUUGUUAUUUAAAUGGGUUCUCCAAAAAGUUUAAUAAAAUUAUUUCCACUUGCAUUUGUGUUGAUGAUGGACCACUUAACCAUUACUCUGGAGUAUUUACAAAUGGCAUCUUUUAAAACAGACAACCUGGAGCAGGGUCAUAACUGGUCCUAAUUCUUAUCUGUGUAACUCAAAUGUAUAUUUCUCAAACACGCAGCCACUAAUUAUUAGCUUAGGUUUCGGCUUGGUCUCCAUACCAAUGUGCAUGUCUCAGAGUGCUGAGUGACAGUCUGUAGAUCAACAGGCAAUAUUUAUGACCGUCUCCAGCAGUGGGUCAAGUCACUACAAACAAAUUGCUUGUGAUCCCUCCUACAUCAAUUAUGUACAUUUAUUUAAGUCAU